AUGGCGGCGCCCGGCGGUGGUGUGGAGGCGGAGGAGGCGGCGGCGGGUCCGGCCUUGGGGAGGCUAGAGGAGGAGGCGCGGCGGCGGCGGGAGAGGCUGCGGGCCCUGCGGCAGCGCACGCUUCAGAAUAAGGACAGCGGCGAACGUGAGAACAAGCAGCUCAGAGAAGAUGACGAAGAGGAGACCAUCAAGCACAAGCCCGAAUUAUUUGGGAGAGGUGUAAAAAAGAACGCCUUGAAAAGAGGGAGAAUUAGCAUCCGAAUACCGGGGAGGGAGCUCAAACUGCGAAACUACGAGCCCGAAGAUGAGGAGCUGAAGAAGAGGAAGGUGCCCCAGGCCAAGCCGGCCUCAGUGGAAGACAAGGUGAAGGACCAGCUGGAGGCCGCCAAGCCGGAGCCCAUCAUCGACGAGGUGGAUCUGGCAAACCUGGCCCCUAGGAAGCCAGACUGGGAUUUGAAGCGAGAUGUAGCCAAGAAACUGGAGAAGCUGGAGAAGAGGACACAGAGAGCCAUCGCUGAGUUGAUACGAGAGCGGUUGAAAGGGCAGGAGGAGGAGCUGGCGUCCGCUGUCGGGUCAGCAAAGCAGGAGGGAAGCGACUCCGACUAGGAGGUCCAUCCGGCAGCCUCGGCCGUGGAUCUGCCUCUGCCAGCAACGCCGAUCCCAUUGCUCUCAGGUAGAGGCACCUUGCUGGGACACGCUGCUCGCCAGCCCUUUGCCAGAAGCCCACAAAUCCUACCGUGCCUGAAGGAGAGGGGCAGAUCCAAGGAGCCCUGCUGUCCUCUCUCGGACUACGGCUGGCUGUUGAGGAACACUUCAUAGAUAGCUUUUUGGGAGCAGGACAGACACCCACGUUAGCUUGAACCUAGGCUGCCAGGACUCGGAGCAAGGAAGAUGUGGGCAAAAAGGCUAGUGCCAGAGAAGGUAAAUUCAGGCUAACUCUCCUCUCGCUUGCUGGGUAAGCAAGAAGAUGCCCACACAGCCAACAGCAGCCCUUAGAGAGGCACGACCAUUUCCCAGGGGUCUGAUGCUCCUGUUCCUGCGCAGAGAUGCCUUUUUCAAGGUGCUCCUUUCUGCAGAAUUGCUGGUGUAACUGCCAUGUGGGGAACGACGAGGUCUCUCGCUCUGGAGAGCUGACUGUGAGUAUUUGGGAACAUCCGUGGUCAGACCCAGCACGUGCAGAAUAACUCUGCUGGAAGGGGCUGUGUGGCUCGGGACCUGUUGGUUGCUCUGCGUCCAGCUGAGGUUAACGUGGCGUUGGUUCUGUUCCCUGAAGUUUCCCAACCCUCCAGGCUGUGCAGUGUGUACCACUCCUCUAUAUGUUUUAUAAUUGACAAAGUUUGUUCUUAACGAAUCUUUUCGUAAUAAAACAGUCCCGCAGCGGAAGAAGUUGUCGCUUGUUCUGCAGAAGACUGGGUGGAGGCAGCUCACUUCAUCUCCCUUAUGUCUGUGGGGAC